AUGGCCCGCUCUCGCCACCCCCAAGUCAACGGCCAUGAGGAAGAACACGAGCAGUUAGCACAUAGAGAGGAACCCGUCUUUGAAUAUGUAUACUGGACAAAGGAGCCACAUCUUCGGAAGCUCUACGCAUGGGCAUGUAUUUUAAUGAUAGCCUCAGCAACUACUGGAUAUGACGGAAUGCUAGUCAAUACGUCUCAGCAGAUCGAUCGAUGGAAGCAAUAUUUCCCAAGGACCCAGGUUGGGCCGGAUAAUCCCCAGGAGAUAGCAGAUAGCUGGUUAGGACUCCUCGUGAAUAUGUUCAAUAUCGGGAGUAUCAUAAGUUUCUUCCUUACGCCGUAUGUUGCCGACAAUUGGGGCCGCAAGACAUCCAUAGCCAUCGGGUGCAUCUUUAUGAUAAUAGGAGGUUGCAUAUCUGCAUUUUGCAAUGGAUACGAGAUGUUUAUAGCCGGUCGCUUGAUUCUCGGUUUUGGUAACAGUUUAUCGCAGAUGGCUUCUCCUCUACUACUGACGGAGAUCUGCCAUCCUCAACAUCGUGGACCCGUCACUGCCGUCUACAACUGCUUGUGGAAUCUGGGCGCCCUGUUGGUUGCUUGGGUUGGUUGGGGCACCGCGCAGAUCCGGAACGAUUGGAGUUGGAGAUCGAUCACCCUAAUCCAGAUCCUACCCUCGCUGAUCCAGAUUAUAUUCAUCUAUUGGAUCCCCGAGUCACCGCGCUAUCUCAUCGCAAAAGACCGCCAUGAAGAGGCCCUCGAGAUCCUAGCGAAGUAUCACGCAGGCGGCGACAAGCACGAUGUUCUAGUCCAAUUCGAGUUUCGCGAAAUUAAAGAGACAAUGCGGAUGGAGAAACAGGAUGCCCGCGCCGCCGGUUAUCUCGACUUCUUACGGACUAAAGGUAACCUGUGGCGGUUAGCAAUCCUUGUAUCCCUAGGUGUCAUCUCCCAGUACAGUGGCAAUGCGCUCUUUUCUAAUUAUAUGGACACUGUCUACGAGGGCGCUGGAAUCAGAGUUCAAGACCAAAAGCUGGCUUUGAGCGGCGGCAAGACGAUUCUUGAUCUUAUCGUGACAAUACUGGCCGCAUUGAAUGUCGAUAGGUUUGGACGACGGCCACUCUUUCUACUCUCCACGUCUGGCAUGGUGGUCUCGUUUGUUAGUUGGACUAUUUGCGGCGCAAUCUAUGAGAAUUCGGACAUGACCAACGUCGCUUCUGGAUACGCACAGCUGGUAUUUAUCUGGUUGUUCGGCAUAUUCUAUGAUAUCGGUUUCUCGGGCCUGUUGAUAGCCUACGCGCUCGAAGUCCUGCCCUUUAAGCUACGUGCCAAGGGCAUGAUGAUCAUGAACGUUACAGUGCAGGCCAUCCUCGCGUUAAGCAACCAGACUAACAAGAUCGCUUGGAAUAGAUUCCCAAAGCACUGGAACUUCAUGCUUUUCUAUACUCUCUGGGAUUUCUGUGAGUUGGCGUUUGUCUACUUCUUCUAUGUUGAGACAAAAGGGCCUACGCUGGAGGAGAUCGCGUGGAUCUUCGACGGCGCGGAUGCAGUCGCCAAUAUCGAUAUCCGACAGGUGGAGAAGGAGAUGCACGCCAUUGAGAGGGAAGAGAGCAUGGAUUCGGGAGCCAUGCCAUCAAGGAGAAAGGGGGCUGUUUGA